AUGAUUAAUAAGAAUAUUAUCAUUUCGAAUACAAUAAUUAAUUGGACAACAUUGUAUAUACCACUUUUAACGAUUAUUGUCGGAACAUUAGGUAGUAUAUGUAACAUUAUAACUUUUUCAUCGAAAAAACUACGUUAUAAUUCAUGUGCUUUUUAUUUCCUAUGUUCAACAAUAUUCGAUCUUAUUUAUCUUUUAUUCAGUAGUAUAACACGUUUUAUGAGUGAUCGUUAUGUAAAUUUUUUAUCAAAUGGUCCAAUUCUCUAUUGUAAAUGUCGUACCUAUUUAGUCGUUGUUAUGCCAAUUUUAUCCAGUUGUUUUUUAAUGUUUACAUCAAUCGAUCGAUUUUUAUCAACGUCCAAUUCAAGAAAAUGGCGUAACUUCAGUAAAAUACAUGUUGCAUGGCGUGUAUCAAUUACCACUUUUGUAUUCGUAAUACUUUCCACUUCUCAUGUAUUUUUCUUAUUUGAAUUACAACUAAAAGAUAUCAAUAAUAAGAUAUAUGAAUGCGUUCCUCGUCCUGAAGAUCAAUCCACAACGAAUCGUAUAACGAUUCAGCGUCCAAAUUAA